AUGCGAUCUGAUCUAGUCAUAAUCCGACCCUCCUUUGGCACAGCCAUCGCUGCAGCCAACACAUUGUUCUACAACGACACGAUGAGGCUCCUUCGAAGCAUACAGAAGUACAUCCGAGACAACGUCUACCCUGACUUGCCUACCGACGGUUGCAGCUUUGUGGUUGAAUUCCCUGGCAGCCAAUCGAGAAAGGUAGCGACUUCUCAGAUCAACAAGAUGCAUAAGACCUGGAUGCUUGAGCAUGUCGGACACCUUCUGGACUCUGGCCUUACUGGUCUCGGGGAAAACAGCGGGAAGCCAAUCGACAUCCUUGUCAUUGCCUUGUACAAAGCCCAAGUCACUGAGUUGCGAAUGGAGAUCAAAUCUCUCAUCAGCCAAGGCCGCUUUGCGAAAGACAUCUUGACCCGUCUCAAAGUCAAGACUCUUGAUGAUGCCGAAGGAGAUGAAGCCGACAUUGUUUUCGUAGACUAUGUCGCUGUCAAUCACCCUGGCUUCACUGCUGAGUCCUUCCGCGGUACAUUGGCUCUCACUCGUGCUCGUGGCAUGACACUCUUGUUGCUCAAUCGCGGUACCUUCGUUGGGUAUGAGCACCGCAAGGAAUCCAUCAAGCGUGCAAACCACCUAUACCGCAUCCACAACUGGCAUGCAAGUCGUCAGCUCGUUCAACGCUUCUCGGGCUGCCUCAACUGCGAAUCGCUAUUGCACUCUACAAAUCAAUGCAAAGGAAAGGCACCCGCUGACAACAACAAUAACAUUGCCGGCCCCAAGAACGCCCGUCAUGCGGUAAAGAAGGACACAAUGCCGCCACUUGCCCAACCCGGCUUAUUGCGAGGUUGGAGACGGGAUGGCGGCUGGAUGGCGGUUGAGUAG